AUGGGCGAAGUAGGCCGACCCUUAAGACCCAUUGCUCCCCGAACCAUGCCUCCAGGCGGGCCAGGAGGUUUACCACCGCAUGGGGGCAAUGGAGGAGGUCCUCCGGAUGAUGGCCGCAUGAGAAGAGCUUCAACUGCUUGUAAAGAGUGUCAGAGGCGGCGAACUCGGUGCAGCGGAGAAUCACCUUGCUCAGAAUGUCUAGCGCAUGACCGAGAGUGUAUAGUUGAUGAAACAACCGACAAGCGCCGCAAAGCUUCUCAACGGCGCACCCUAGAGGAAUUAAACAACGUCCGCGAGUUUUUAGAUCAAUUGCUCGCCGUUUUCCGGAGUAGCGAUACCGGUACCGUCCAGCAACUGGUUAACAUAAUCCGCGCCGGGGCGUCGCAGGACGAGCUGCGCAGUGCGGUCCAGACUCUACAUGCCCAAAAUCCCGAAAAUCCCGACUUUCUUCGGCGCAGCGGUCCUUCACAUCCACACCUUGAUAAUAAUGAUCCAGGCCAUAUGGGCAACUAUUUCGACCCCCAAUAG